UUUAUCAUGUUUAUAAAGACUUUUUAAGUCUAUAUAUUGACCAUAAAUUUAUCUCCAUAUCAACUACUAAAUUCAAGUCUUGUACUAAUCUAAUAAUUGAAAACGACAAGUAUCAAUAAUUUUGCAUGUCAUUGCAAUGAGGGACCACAGACAUUAUUUAUUGUCUCUAAAAAGUCAAAUCAAAUUACAGUCAAACCUAUUUGGAUUAAGAGUAUAUAUGAACAUGAGGAACCUGUUUAGUGUAUCAUACUGUAUUGUGUGCAGAAGAACAUUCAUUCCAAGUAGGAUCCAGCAAAGACAGGCAACCAGUAGUGUGAAAACAAAUUAUUAUAAAAAGAAGAAAAAGUUACCAUUUCCUAUUAAAGGAGAGAUUAUAUUUGGGAUACAUCCAAUAGAACUAGCACUGUCAGCAAGGAGAAGAAAAUUGUACACCUUGUUUGUAAAGGACACACCAGUUCAGGAGACUGGGAACCAGUCAUUUAUCAAUGUAUCACUGAGUGCUGAGGGUUUGGUGGAUAGAAAAGAAUUUGUAAACAAACAGAUGUUAGAUAGGUUGUCAGAAGACAAACCUCAUCAGGGAAUAUGUUUAGAUGCCAGUCCUCUAAUAGUUCCAGAACUUGACUUCCCAAAGUAUGUCAACACGAGGAAAGAAGAUAUGAAUAACAAUUUUCCUGUUUGGUUACUGCCCUAUAGAGUAAAGGAUGUGCAUAAUUUAGGAGCAGUACUAAGAUCCUGUCAUUUCCUUGGUGUGGAACAUGUUGUUUUACCAACAGUUCAUACAUGUUCUCUAACACCGAUGGUCAGUAAAGCUAGUUCUGGUGCAAUGGAAGUUAUGAACAUAUCACAAGUUAGAAAUGAUGAAUCCAUUAUCAAAUUUAUAAAGGAAUGGAAAGGUUUUGGUGGAAGAGUUAUUGGAGCCAGUUUAGAUGAGGAAAACAUAAGCAUACCUAUAGAACAGUACCAGGUCAGACACCCAACAUUACUGAUCAUAGGCAAUGAAGAAAAAGGAAUGAAGUUUAAAAUAUCUUCUUUGUGUGAUGAUCAUUAUCAGAUUGUGGAGGAACUAUCGGAAGUGGAACCGAGUUCCGAGGAACUUUUGCAGGAAUUUGACGUUAGUGAACUUUCAACCAUUCGAGGACUUAUUGUGAAGAAGCAGGAAACGAUCGAUCAACUGAACGAGAAGAUUGUGGAGGAACUAUCGGAAGAGGAAGUGAGCGAAGAACUAGAGGAAUAUCAUCAACGCAAUUCAAAGAAUCGACUUUGUGGAUGCAAGGACCGUCGUGGAUAUCGGAUGAGAACAGUUGGCAUACAUGAACAGUAA